UGCGACUAUCUGCGGUUCGUUGCGACAUCGACGUGCACACGGGAAGACCUUCGAAAUGAGUCGCAAGCGCGUAGUUUCACGAGCUCGUAUGCAUGGCGUAUUGUUCGCCGAGUCGCGGUUGCGGCGUCGAUUUUUCUCGUAGUCGAGUAUCAGAAGAAGUACUGAAAACAUCUGAAAAGGCCGUCGAGCAAAUCCCAGCUAUCGUAGCUGAAAAUGAAAAAGUUGCUGAAUUGAAGGAAGUUGUCACUAAAUCAGGAAAAUGCCAAGAAGUUUUCGACUUCAACGUAUCCAAGUUGCACGAAACUUUGAAAAACUUCUUGAAAGAAACCGUAGACACCCAAAUCACCGUUCUGAAAUCCACUCUUGGUUUGAUUAACAAGUAGCCCUCACCAAGAAUUUGGAUGUAGAAAACGAAGCUUGCAAUACGGAAGGAUCCGAGUGUAAGGUUACCGGAGAUUUCAUCGAACUCACCGACAAUGUCUUUGGAAUCGUCGGCACUUCUGAAGUAAAUGCAGCUCAUUCCGUAACUGGAGUUAUAAGCAGAAUCCAAAACCAGGUUAUCACUGAAAAGGUUGGAAAGGCAGUGGUUGACCCAGUAAAGGCUUGUUUGGAAGCUUAAAAAAUAUAGAUAUAGAAUACAAUCCUAAUAACAAAUACUAUUCUUAUAAAGACAAUAAAUGUUAAAAAUUCCGAUUCAUUUACAUCUUAAUGUCAUCGAAAAUACGGAAACAAUAGUUUUGACAUUGUCAUAUACAAAUGAUCAACAAAUAGCUUUAACUACAAACAAAACUCGUCAAUAUUCACAAUAAAUACAUUGCUAUUGUAAUAAAAACGUA